GGCCGGGGCUCGCGAGGGCCGAGGGCUCCGUCGGCCCAAACCGAGCUGGGCGCCCGCGGCCCGGGUGACGCCUCCGCUCCGCCCCCCUCAGCACCUUCCCCGGCCCCCGACGUUGCGCCCUUUCCUCGCUUCUCUGCGCUCCCCGUCCCCUCUCCGGCCUCUGGUCCCGGCCCCCUCUCUUCUUCCGCAGCCUUCCCUUUGCUCCCUCCCGCCCCCCCCAGCUCCUUGUCUCCAACUCCCUCCCCUUCCACGCCCGCCCUCUCGCCUUCGCCGUCCCAAAGUGGAUUAAUUAUACGCUUUCUGUUUCUCUCCUCGCUGUUCUCUCCCGCUGUGCGCCUGCCCGUCUCUCACUGUCCUCUCUCUCUCUCUCGCCCUCUCUUCGGCCCCCCCUUUUCACGUUCACUCUGUCUCUCUCGCUAUCUCUGCCCCCCCUCUAUCCUGAUACAACAGCUGACCUCAUUUCCAGAUACCCUUUCCCCCCCUAAAAGUACAACAUCUGGCCCGCCCCAGCCCGCAGACAGCCCGUCCUCCCCAAACAAUCAGACGAGUUUCCCACCCCCCCCAAAAAAGCCAUCCCCCCGUUCUGCCCCGUCGCACAUUCGGCCCCCGCGACUCGGCCAGAGCGGCGCUGGCAGAGGAGUGCCCGGCAGGAGGGCCAACGCCCGCUGUUCGGUUUGCAAUACGCAGCAGGGAGGUGGGCGGCCCCUGCGCCGGCUUCCAGACACCAAUGGGGAUCCGAGUGGGAAAGUCGAUGCUGGGGCUGCUCGCCUUCUUGGCCUUCGCCUCGUGCUGCUAUGCUGCUUACCGCCCCAGUGAGACUCUGUGCGGCGGGGAGCUGGUGGACACCCUCCAGUUCGUCUGCGGGGACCGCGGCUUCUAUUUCAGCAGGCCGGCGAGCCGCGUGAACCGCCGCAGCCGUGGCAUCGUGGAAGAAUGCUGCUUCCGCAGCUGCGACCUGGCCCUGCUGGAGACCUACUGCGCCACCCCCGCCAAGUCCGAGAGGGACGUGUCGACCCCUCCGACCGUGCUUCCGGACAACUUCCCCAGAUACCCCGUGGGCAAAUUCUUCCAAUAUGACACCUGGAAGCAGUCCGCCCAACGCCUGCGCAGGGGCCUGCCUGCCCUCCUGCGAGCCCGCCGGGGUCGCACGCUCGCCAAGGAGCUGGAGGUGUUCAGAGAGGCCAAGCGUCACCGUCCCCUGAUCGCCCUGCCCACCCAGGACCCCGCCGCCCACGGGGGUGCCUCUCUUGAGGCGUCCGGCCAUCGCAAGUGAGCCAAAUUGUCGUAAUUCUGCAAAGCGGCACCAUCCACUCGUGACCUCCUCUUGACGGGGCCUCUCCAUCAGGUCCCACCUCUGAAACCUCUGUACCGUCCUGUCUGCGGGCUCCCCCGACCUGGCCCCCGUGCCCCAACCUCCCCACGUCAGGCUGGUCUCCUCGGCCCCCUCCAUCGGGCUAAGGGAAUCACAACAAAAUCUUUAAAAAUGUACAAAACCAAUUGGCUUUAGCUCUCUCUCCCAAAUUAUCACCCCCAAAUUACCCCCAAAUUACACAACCAAAAUCGCAAUCACAAACGUGUUGGCCCCCUUGAAACGAAUUGGCUUCUUAGCAACACCGGAAAAGCUAGCUAGCUUUCCAGAAA